UUAAUAUAAUAUAGCAAUAUAAAAGUUAAAUAUUCCUCCAGCUCUCAGAUUUUAUGGUAUUAUCUUGGAAUGCAACUAUGUUUCAUGUGUAUUCUGCCCCUCCAAAAUGGUCAUGAGCCAGAGCAAAGCUUCACACACUAAGGUACUCCCCUGACAUCAAUCUAGCUGAAUUAAGACAUGGCAACUAUUGACAGGUCAACAAUCAGCAGACCAUGGGAGCAGGAGCAACUGUGCCAUGGUGGAGAUAUUUUACUAUUUGUCACUCUUACAGAUGACAAUUAAGAAUUUACCACUGGACUCACAUAUCAUAGACGCAUGAGGGCUCACAUGUCAUACACUGCGAGUGACAAAUCCUUAAUUGCCACAUCUUAAAAGUGGUGAAAAGUCAGAUUAUAAAUUGAACAGAGCAAACAAAGCAGAAGAACUCGACUCUAGGGUGACUAUUGAAAGGAAGAAGGGGAGGAAGAGUGAGGAGAACUGAAGGUGGCUACAGAAAAAAAAAGUGCAGGCAGCUGAUCGAGCACAACAUGUCCAGCACCACCAGCUCUCGCCUCUUGCCAAUGCCAAUGUAUGUGUUUAUUACCCGGUAGAUCUGUAUAUUGUAGAUGCAUGCAUAACUCUGGAUCAGUAUGUUGUGAUUGCCAGCAUGGCUGCAUCUCGACGAGGCGCCCCAGAACGAAUACAGAGGACAGGGCAGAGAAGGAAGCGGGAAUUUUUUUUAUACAGAAGAUGGAUCGCAUGGCAUUACGACAAACCAUGACCACAUGGAUGAAAAAUCAAUGAUUAGCUGAGCCCAGAUCCCAACUUUUUCUCUCCAGUGGAAAGCGGAAGGGAUUAUGCAGGUUUGAGUACAACGUGAAAAUUUCCAGCUUCAGAGUUUAGAGUCGGCUGAACCACGGAAAGCGAAAGACGUCUUCAUAUGUUGGGGAGCUUGAAGUUUGAAAACGUGAAACAAACGAAGUGGUGGAUGUCGAUGGUAUUGGCAGUUUGGCACCCAUUUUCGCAGAGAAUUUCUAGUUAGGUCGGCUCCUCAAAACAUAGCACACGAAUUAUCCACCACAGCCACCAUCGAUCUGCAGCCAGCCAGCCAACCAGGAGAGCCAGGCUGCCAACCAAACAACGAAAGAUAGAAAAGCGUCGCGGCGCGAAGCCUCUCUCCCUCUCUCCUCGCGAUCCGUCCGUGGGAUCUCGCGCUCGCGCACGCCUCUGUAUUGGAAGCCGCAGCCUCCCCCCAGCCAGCCAUGGGUGCCCGCGCGGAUCGCGGCGCGUAGGCAGCCGGAGAGAGAGAGAGAGAGAGAGAGAGAGAGAGAGAGAGAGAGAGGGAGGGAGGGAGAAGACGGCGGGAGAGCAGCGCCACCGCCCGCGCGGCAUGGACCGGAAUGCCGGUUCCUUCGUCGCCAUGCGCCGCCUCUCCGGCGGCUCCUCCUGCCACGACCCCUCGCCGAACACGUACGCGGAGGUCGUGGCGGGGUCGACGGCGUGGAUCGGGAGGGGGUUCUCCUGCGUCUGCGCGCAGAGGAGGGACAGCGACCAGCGCAUCUCCUUCGAUUUGAGCCCCGCUCAGGAGUGUUGUCUGCAGAGAUUACAGAACCGGAUAGAGGUACCGUACGAUGGUUCAAAUGGAGAGCAUCAGGAAGCAUUAAAGACCCUUUGGCAUGUUUCCUUUCCUGGAACUGAACUUUUAGGACUAGUAUCAGACCAGUGGAAGGAGAUGGGAUGGCAAGGGAAAGAUCCAUCUACAGAUUUCAGGGGCGGUGGCUUUAUCUCUUUGGAGAAUUUACUGUACUUUGCUAAGAACUAUACUAAAUCCUUCCAGGAGCUCCUUUGUAAGCAGAAUGGUGAUAGAGCAUUGUGGGAAUAUCCAUUUGCUGUUGCUGGUGUAAACAUUACAUUCAUGCUCAUUCAGAUGCUUGAUCUUCAAGCAGCUAAACCAAGGUCGUUGAUUGGAUCGGUGUUCUUAAAUCUACUUUUAGAAAAUGAUCGAGCUUUUGACAUUCUCUAUUGCAUAACCUUUAAGCUCAUGGAUCACAAAUGGCUUGAAAUGCACGCCAAUUAUAUGGAUUUCAAUGCGGUUAUCAAAUCUACACGACGACAACUUGAGAGGGAGUUACUGCUUGAAGAUAUCCAACGAAUUGAGGACAUGCCAUCGUACAGGUUUCUCGACCGCUAGCAACUGAAUUCUCAGUUUCUCACUUAACCUCGCCACAGGUAGUAAAUCUCAAUAUACAGUCACCUGCAAACCAAGUACAGCGAACUCGAUUCGUGGGGACUCCAGGACCAUGGACGUGUAACGUGUGCCAAAUGGUUUGUGUUUUCACGUUGAAACUGUAACAGGCCUUGUUUGUUUUGGUCUGCUUGUUUAUAAAAGGCACCACUCAGGGUUAACAGGGUAUCUGAUCAGCCGAUGGUUUAACUAGUGUAUGUAGAGUGUCCAGAUUUUCAACGAGAGGGUUUCACAAUGCAGAGCGACAAGUUCUUAGAUUUCUCUGUAAAAAGGAAGAUCAUGUAAGCUAAUCUGAGUCUGAAAUGCUUCCUAGGUCCAUUUUUUUCAUCACUUGAUAUUGUUGAGUGUACGGUGUUGCUAUGUUGUUACCAAGGACCGUAAGGUUAUCGUGUGGUUA